AGUCGAAAGAAAAACACUGACGGGUAAACAACACGUAUCAUGUCGAGCUCUGGAAUUGUACUCUAUGGGACAGAUCUCAGUCCCUGUGUGAGGACCGUCAAACUUACCCUAAAGGUCCUGAAUCUGGACUACGAGUACAAGGAGGUGAAUCUUCAGGCGGGCGAGCACCUGAGCGAGGAAUAUGUGAAGAAGAAUCCCCAACACACGGUACCGAUGCUCGAUGAUAAUGGCACUUUCAUCUGGGACUCCCAUGCCAUUGCCGCCUACUUGGUGGACAAGUAUGCCAAGUCGGAUGAGCUGUAUCCCAAGGAUCUGGCCAAGCGUGCGAUCGUCAAUCAGCGUCUCUUCUUCGAUGCCAGUGUAAUCUAUGCCAGUAUAGCCAAUGUCAGCCGCCCGUUUUGGAUAAACGGUGUUACCGAAGUGCCCCAGGAAAAACUGGACGCCGUACACCAGGGUCUGAAGCUGCUGGAGACGUUCCUGGGCAACAGCCCCUACCUGGCCGGCGAUUCGCUAACCCUAGCCGAUCUGUCCACCGGACCCACUGUAAGCGCCGUGCCCGCUGCCGUGGACAUAGAUCCUGCUACAUAUCCCAAGGUCACCGCCUGGUUGGAUCGCCUCAAUAAGCUGCCCUACUACAAGGAGAUCAACGAAGCUCCGGCCCAGAGCUACGUCGCCUUCCUGCGCAGCAAGUGGACCAAGCUGGGCGACAAGUGAAACUAAACUUAUAUUUAAAUAUGACAUUUCACAAGUUUGAAUUCCAUCAAUUAACAACAUACACAUCCAUUUCUAAAACGUAAACUUCUUCAAUAAAAUAUAACAUAUAUAUAAAAU